AUGGGCAACAGUCAGCCAGCAGCUGACAGGCCCGAUGAGCGUAGCUUGAAGCUGCGGCAGCCACAGGAGGCCGGCUUCUUCGAGGUCUAUGAGAUUGGGGACCUGAUCGGGAGUGGCUCCUUUGGUCAGGUCCGCAAAUGCUGGCAGCUCCAUGAUACUCACAUGAAGUAUGCCGUGAAGGCCAUCGACACGAAAAGUGAGGUUUUCGAAGUUGCAGGCGCAUGGCUGUCUGCGCGGAAGGAAGCGAGCGUGCUUCAGUCUGUGUCGCACCCGCACAUCGUCCAGCUGAUAGAAGUCUUUGAAAAGGAGAGAUGGCUGUUUCUCGUGAUGGACUACGUCAGCGGCGGACAACUCUUUCAGGCGCUGGCGAACCCGCGGACGGCAAUUACUGAGGGCUGCGUGGCCCUCAUUGGAAGCCAGCUACUGCAGGCACUGCAGCACCUGCACCUGCGUCGUAUCAUCCACCGCGACGUCAAGGCGGAGAAUAUCCUGCUCGUGGAGGAUCCUGCCAAGACGAGGCGGUGGCAUAUCAAGCUCAUCGACUUCGGUCUUGCGCUGCGCAUGGAGCACUCCUCCAGCUUCAUGUUCCGCAUGUGUCAGCAGGAGCCUCCGCUCGAGCACCUGGUAUGUGGCACGGCCUACUACUGCGCGCCUGAGGUGUGGUUCCAUGACUACUCUCCAAGCGUGGAUGUCUGGGCCGCUGGCGUAGUCAUGUACCUGGCAAUUCUUGGGCAGUUUCCCUUCCACGAUCGGAACCCAGCGAACCUGGAGGUGUUGAUCUGCGAGGAGGAUCGAGAACCCAGCUACAGGCCGAUCUGUUCCCGGGAUCAUCCUGGCUAUCAGGCUUCUGGUGUGGCUACGGCUGCCCUGAAGCAGCUGCUGACCAAGGCGAGGGAGGAUCGGCCGGAUGCCUGCACCGCACUGCACCUGGAGUGGUUCAAGACGGCCCACGACAGGAACCUGGACUGGUGGCAUGGCCGGGAGGGGGCCUCCAGCGUCGCUGGGGUCCGCCUUGUGGCCCCUUGGGACCAGGUGAUUCCUCCCACGUUGCGAGCCAAGGCAGGGCGCGCGGCACUGCCUCCGGCAAUCGAAGCAGCGCAGGAGGAGAAGAGAACGCAAGCGCUGGAAGCAAUGAAGAUGCGAAGUACAGCUGCCAGCAUGGGCAAGGUAGUUGUUCGGCGCCACCCGCGUCUGUCUGGACGAGAGGCGGUGCGCCCUUCACCGAUCUUCGAGCCUCUGGAGGUCUCAGCAGAGCAUGCAUUUCUUGAGCCGAGAGGUCUGGGUAUGCCGGUGCUGCACGACAUCGUCUCUACUGCGACCUUCAGCGACUCAGAGGGCGAGGAUUUUGUCCGCCCUCGCCUGGCGCUGCUAUGCAGCUGCGAGCCCGCGGAGCAUCGAUGA